AUGAGCGACGUGCUGUGGCCGAGGCUGUUCGCGCUGGAGCGGCUGAUAGCGGCGGCGCCGUUGUCUGGGUGCUCGUCAGCCACCUCACGCCUGCGGUAUGCCCUCCCACUGGUGGCGCUACCACCACCCCGCCUGAAGAAGCUGGAGCUGCAACACCGGGCAGCUGUUCGGCUCUGCCUAGGUGUUCCGCGCAACUCGCAGGUCGCUGCCACCCUGGCCGAGGCUGGAGCGUGGCCCUUGCCGCUGCUGCUCCUACAGCAGGGCCUGCGGCACAUCGACCGACUCCACCAUGCUGCAGACGGCGGUGGCCUGUUGACCCGCUUGCGCUCACGGCCUUCAUCGCAGAUGGGGCGGCUGUGCUGCCUGUACGAGGAGGUGAUCGGGAACCCCCCACCCAACACAGUGCAGCUGCCCCCACCCCAGAGACCUCCUAUCGCCAUCACCACGGAGCUACCAGGCAUCACCAAGCGGCGAUCACCGACCUGCGCAUUGCAGCAGACGGCGGCCUCACUCCUCCACGAGGACCUUGAGGGCCACCUGCAGGUAUUCGUCGAUGGCUCCGUGGUCCCCGACACAGGCUCGUCGACGGCGGCGUGCAUCAUACCUGCCCUGCAGAAGAGUAGGCAGUGUCGCCUUCCAGCCCAUGCAAGCUCCACAGCAGCGGAGGUAGCAGGCCUCCACCUUGCUGUCGACCUGCUCACAGAGGAACCCCCACAGACUCCAGCAGCAAUCUUCUGCGACUCCAAGGCAGCCCUCCUGAGCCUGCAGAGGCCGGAGAGGGCGAGCCUGGGGGUCGCUCUCCUCUCAACGCGACUGGCGGCACUACAAGAUGCAGGUUGCCCGGUGUCCCUGCACUGGAUCCCUGCUCAUGUAGGCAUCCCGGGCAACGAGGAGGCCGAUGCCUUAGCCAAGAGUGCCCACCACGGUGACGUCCCCUUGAGUGCAGCAGUCACAGCCGCGGACUUCACGAGGCUCCGGCUUCAGCGGCACCUCCAGGUGUCCCAUCCUGACAAGCGUGUGUCCUUGGGACGCCCCCCACGGCAGCUACCGCAACGCGGCCUUGCACGGAGGGAGAGUUCGCUGCUUCUCCGGCUGAGAAUCGGCUGCUGCUGGACAGCCGCACGACGCCAUCGGCUUGGCCUCAUCGCCUCACCUGCCUGCGCCUCCUGUGGUGAGCCAGAGACACUGGAGCACCUCCUGCUGGCCUGCCCUGCACACAACCAACCCCGUGGAAUGCUCCUGCAGGAGUUUCGCCGCCUUGGACUUCCCACCACACGACAGGAGGACAUCCUCUUCCCCCGUCGAAACCACCUCCCGGCCCUGCUCAGCGUAGUUGAGUACCUGGACUCGUCAGGGCUCUCAACCACUCUCUAA